UCACAGGUCUGUGUGGGGUCAGACACACAGUCAGGAAACCACGCCAUCAUACACCAUACACAGUGUGAUCAGUUAUAAAGUCACUGGGACGGAAAGAACACUGUGUAUAGCAACUUCUAAUCUUUUUAAAUUUUUCAAACCAUGGACAUUUUGGAGAAGCAGCUGAUUUGUCCAAUUUGCCUGGAAAUCUUUACAAAACCUGUGGUGAUUCUACCAUGCCAACACAACCUCUGCCGGAAAUGUGCGAAUGACAUAUUUCAGGCAUCGAAUCCAUACCUUCCCACCAGAGGAGGAUCAGUGUCUUCAGGAGGCCGUUUCAGAUGCCCAUCCUGCAGGCACGAGGUUGUUCUGGACCGUCAUGGGGUUUAUGGACUGCAGAGGAAUCUUUUGGUGGAAAACAUCAUUGAUAUGUACAAACAAGAGUCCACCAGUAGCAGACCCGCUCCAGAGAGGACAGAUGACCAGCCCAUGUGUGAGGUGCAUGAGGAUGAGAAGAUCAACAUCUACUGCGUGACCUGCAGCAUCCCCACCUGCUCCAUGUGCAAGGUGUUCGGCUCUCACAAGGACUGUGAAGUGGCACCUCUCAAAAGUGUAUAUCAAGUUCAAAAGACAGAGCUAACAGACAGCCUUGCAAUGAUAGUGGGCAACAACGACAGGAUCCAAGGCAUCAUUAGUCAGUUGGAGGAGACCUGCAGGGCUAUAGAGGAGAAUGGCAGGAGACAAAAAUCACAGUUGUGUGAGAAGUUUGACCAUCUCUAUGCCAUCAUGGAGGACAGAAAAAGGGAGAUGAGUGUCAAAGUGACAGCCGAGCAGGACGAGAAGCUGAACUACAUCCGUGGACUCAAGAGGAAGUACGAAGAUCACCUGGAGAACGUGACCAAGCUUGUGGAGUCGGGGAUCCAAACGAUGGAGGAACCAGAGAUGGCUGUUUUCUUACAGACUUCGAAACCUUUGCUACAACAGAUGGGUGAAGCCACGAAUACGUCCCACUUGGAAAAAGUGGAGCGUGGCUAUGAGAACAUGGACCAUUACUUUGUUGACUUCAAGAAAGAACGUGGAGCUCUAAAUGGCAUAAAAUUCAUCGCAGAUGAGGACGAGGAAGAGGAAGAUGGAGAUGAAGCAGAGAAGGACGCCCAGAAAGAACAGGCUACUUCAGGAGGAGCACAAUCAGGGAUGCUGAGCAGCCAACCUCCGCCUCUUCCUCUGCCUCCAAAUCCAGUCAAAAACACCAGCUCAUAGCUUUAGAGAAUUUAUCUCAUUUUACAGAGCUCAAAUCGUACGAAAAAAAUGAAACAAAUUAAUUGACAAUUAGGAGUUUUAAAGUGUUCAUGUCCCUUUUUAAUACAUAUACAUCCAUCAAAGGCUUGAUUUCAUGUCUAUGUGUGUAAAUGUUAAUGCACCUAUAAUCUAAUGAUCUAUGGAGAGCUGAAAAUAUGCAGAAGUAACAACCUCUUACAGUGUUUGGCAUCUCACUACAGUGAUAUAUAAGAGCAAACUACCCUUAAAAGACAGUCAGACUAAACGUGAAUGAAGUUCACCCGAAACAAGACAAUUCACUGAAGGGGAAAGGACCUGCGAAGUGAAAUUUAUACAUUAAGGACAUAUAAGGACGAUUUUUUCUUGGUGAAUUAACAAGCUUCGGUCUUGUGAUAAUUUUUUUUUUUUUUUUUUUACACUUCUUGUCACUAACUAUGCAAUGGUUUUAUGGAUAAAACAAUUUUUUUCACUUGA